AUGUCGUCACCGAAACAAGUUCCAACUAAGUUUAAUCCAGGACUUGGAGAGGGUGUAUAUGACUACUUUAUAAGGAAUUAUUUAACACAUUGGUUCGAAGCAAAGACAGUCCCGCCACAUGUUUACACUCGUGCAAUGAAUGAAUUGGUCCUUUUGAACAAAAAGAAAAAGUCUAAGCAAGCAGACAAAGAUAGAAAAGUAACUGUUUCAAAACAGAAUAUUGACUCAGAAAGGGAGGAAGUGACAAAACUUGGAGAGAGACCAUCUUCUGCGAGUGUUGCUCGGAGAAAUCAGUCAAAACAAGAACAAGCUUCCGGGUCCCGAAAUGUUCAGCUAGAGAAUGAUCAGUUAAAAAGUGAAAAUCUUGCACUGCAAGAUCAGCUAUCUAAAGCUUAUAUGGAACUUCAGGAUAAAGCUACACGUCUACACAGAAUGAAGGAAGACUUAAAAAACAGCUUACAGGAGGUGAACGAUCUCAAAAUAAGGUUAAGCAAGCUUUACGGUGACAAAUUACGAGACAACAAUCCAGAUCUAGCAGAUCAGUGUGAUGCUAACAGGCCAACAGAACUUGGAAAGCGAUUCUUGGAAAUAUAUGACAAUGAAUGGUCGGACGCUUUUGAAAACAAAGCAAAGAAAGAUGAAAAGGAGAAGGUCGGGAUUUUACAUGAAGUGGUAGUGGAUGCCUUCUAUUAUUGCAAUGAAAAAUUUAAGGGGCAGGUCCCGCAGAUCAGAGGGAUUUUUCUGCAGAGUAAAGAUGGGCAACAGAAAGUGUCAGUUUCAAAAAAUGCGCAAAUGAUAAAAUCAUUGAAUGAUUUGAGGAUGCAACUCUCAACAGAGGCUGCAAGGAAUGUGGCCCAGGAGUAUUCGACAAGUUCGCUUGCAUCAAUUCUGCAGCGGUUGUGUAUAAACUCUGGAGAUAUUGACCCAGCCCUACGAAAAUACGCCUUCAGUUGUGCUGAAAUAUGCUGGUUGUUGUUAGUGUGGAAUGACCAGCUGUCGCUCUCCGAAGACAAAGAAGGUGUACCAUUUGACCAAGAAACCUACAAACCAUUCACAAGACGGUUGUCUGACAUGGAACAGCCAACAGUAGAAUUCGUCGUCUGGCCUGCAUUGUGCCAAGAAUUUGGUGUUUUGGUUAAAGGAGUUGCGCAGCCAAAAGCAGGGAAAAGGAAACCAUUAGAUUUGCAAAGAUGACAUUUUUAGAAAUGUAACAUUUUUUAUGGUUGCACCUUCUUAUCAAAUAUUAUGUCAUAUUUUGAAAAAACAAUGUAGUCCACCCCGUCAAUAACUGUAUUAUUGAUUUUAUAAUGUUUGAAAUAAAUUGUGUAUUUCGCAACGCAAAAAAAUAUAUUCUUAUAAAGAAAAGAAAGCUUGUUUAUACGGAACUGAUCAAUCAGUGGCCAAUCCGUUUUAUGAAGUAAUUAAUGGCCCAGUUGUUCAGAACUUUAACAGGCGAUUAAGCUAAAAAUCGAUUAACUUUUAGAGUUUUAUUUCGACAUUUUAGAAAACUUAGAAAAACUAAUAGAUGAGUUAAUGAUUAUGAGCACUAAGAUUUCUUUACAGUAAAUAUAUCAUAUUGUACUAGUGUUUCCAACCAAAACUACUAUUUUGAAUCAAAAUUUAACAGCCGGUUAGUUUAACAGCCUGUUAAUGUUUCGAACAACUGGGCCAAUUUUUGUUGUGUUAAUGAAUAUUGUGACAAAUAUUAAAGGGAACUGUUUGACUGUCUAAAUAGAAGAAAGAAAAUGCAUUAGACGUGCUUUACGUGUCUGUCCUUUUGUAUUGUCUAACUGUUUCAUGUAUCUCUAUGUAUUUUGGGGGGUUUUAAUCACUUAGAAAUCCGUAUGUGGCAUGGAGGCUAAAUGCUUCCAUUGGAUCAUUGUUCUUGACCUUUUGCAUCAAUAUUAAAAAUAUUUAUUAUUUAAAUGUGUGUUUUAUUAAAACAAAUCAUCUUAUCAAUUUAUUGUCGUUUCUCAAAAAAGAAA